CAGCAGUUGUUAUCCGCAAUCUGGCAACACCAAUUCCACUUCAGCUCACUGCCCUGAAUGCCUCCAACAACACGACAGCACUCCUGAACCUCUCGCGACUUCGAUUCCAUCCGUAUCACACCCUUCCGACAGACCGACACGACACCGACCACAGACAGCCUCGAUCGCGGAGGGGCUUUCGUCGUCCUGUCUUAUUACUUCUUUUCAUGUCCAAUUGCACGAUUUGACGACUUAGAGCUCUAAUACCACCCACCUUAAUUAAUCAACGCCACCCGCACUCCCACCCUUCGACAAGGCGGCCAGCUUCAGCUUCCCCUGACUUCCCCUCUUCCGCCCACCGAUUCACACCGCCCGCGCAGCCGCAUCACCGCCCGCGGCCGACGUUCACAGACAAGAAUAUAAACAUCAUGGUCCGGUUGAGAGAGAUCCCCCGGACUGCGGCCUUCGCCUGGUCGCCCCGCGCAACCGCCCUUCUCGUAACGGGUACACGUUCAGGCGCCGUCGAUGCCGACUUCUCAGACGAGAGCAAGCUGGAGCUAUGGGAUUUAAACUUGGACAGCCAGGAACAGGGCCUGGAGCUCCAGCCCCUAGCUAGCAUUACCACAGAAUCCAGGUUCUACGACAUCGCAUGGGGCCAGCCCAGUGACGAACAUCCCUCUGGAAUUAUUGCCGGCGCCAUGGAAAACGGCUCGUUGGAUCUAUGGGACGCCUUGAAGCUGAUCGCUGGUGACGAGGACGCCCUCAUCUCGCGCACCACCAAGCACACAGGGCCCAUCAAGGCCCUACAGUUCAACCCUCUGAGACCCCAGGUGCUCGCUACUGCCGGCGCCAAGGGUGAGCUGUUCGUCUGGGAUGUUAACGACACCUCCGCUCCCUUCCGUCUCGGCACCGCUGCCGCCCACGAUAUCGACUGUUUGGCCUGGAAUCCCAAGGUCGCCAACAUUCUGGCCACUGGUGGUGCAGGAGGCUUUGUGACCGUAUGGGAUCUCAAGACCAAGAAGGCAUCUCUUACCUUGAACAACCACCGCAAGACUGUCAGCGCCAUUGCUUGGGACCCAGAGAACUCGACUAAGCUCUUGACGGCUACAUCCGAUGAUACCGCUCCCGUCAUCCUGCUCUGGAACCUCCGCAACUCCCAGGCGCCAGAGAAGACUCUCCAAGGUCACGAUCAGGGUGUUCUGUCGCUUUCGUGGUGCCAGCAGGAUUCAGGAUUGCUUCUUUCUUGCGGCAAGGACAACCGGACCCUCAUUUGGAACCCUCAGACUGGAGAGCGUUAUGGUGAGUUCCCUGAGGCUACCAACUGGACUUUCUCCACACGCUUCAACCCCGCCAACCCGAAUCUGUCGGCCACAGCAUCCUUUGACGGCAAGAUCGCUAUCCAGACCCUUCAGAACACGAACCCCUCGGCGGCUCCCGCGGCCCAGAACAACCUUUCUGACGAUGACUUCUUCUCAAAGGCCGCGUCCCAGCCGCAGGCGGCUUCCUUCUCUCUGCCCCGGGCACCCGCCUGGCUUGAACGCCCCGUUGGUGUUUCCUUCGGCUUCGGUGGCAAGCUUGUUUUCUUUAACAAGGUGGAGACAGCUGCUGGCCAGAAGAGGUCUUCCAAGUUGCAGAUCUCUUCUUUCUCCAUCGAUUCCGACAUUGGCUCCGCGACCGAGAAGUUCGAGCAAGCCAUCCAAAGCGGCGACAUUGCGAGCAUUUGCGAAGAGCACAUCGAGAGCGCCAAGACCGACGAGGAGAAGGCCGAGUGGCAGGUUAUGCAGACCCUCAGUGAGUCCGAUGGGCGGACCAAGAUCAUUGAGCGUCUUGGUUUCACCAAGGAUGAGCCGGUUGAGGAAGCUAAGGAGGCUGAGUCGCCCAAGUCUCCUGAGCCGAAGCAGGAGGACUCUGCAACUCUUAAGCCUAACGGCCAGGGAGAUGGCAAGAAGCAUAGGCGUGUUGUAAGCAUGUGGGGAGACGGCGACGAUGGCGAGGAUUUCCUGUCGGAGAUCGCCGCUACCAAGGGAGCCAAGACCGACAACCCCUUCAACCUUCUGAGCGUGGGCAACACCCACCUGGAGGAUCAGAUCACCAGGGCCCUGAUCUUGGGCAAGUUUGAGAAGGCGGUAGAGAUCUGCUUGAAGGAGGAACGAUGGUCGGAUGCCUUCCUGAUCGCCAACUGUGGCAGCAAGGAGCUUAUGGAGAAGGUUCAGACUGCUUAUCUUCAGCAGAAGAGGGGCAGCCCCAGCUAUCUGCGACUCAUCAGCUCUGUUGUAGCCAAGAACCUGUGGGAUAUUGCCUACAAUGCGGAUCUUGCUGACUGGAAGGAGACCAUGGUCACCCUUUGUACCUAUGCUGAUCCUUCCGAGUUCCCCGACCUCUGCGAGGCCCUGGGUGACCGCAUCUUCGAGUCUGGUAACAGGAAGGAUGCCUCUUUCUGCUACCUGAUCGGCUCGAAGCUGGAGAAGGUCGUCGGUAUCUGGGUGGACGAGCUUCAGGAGACUGAGCAAGCUGCCUUGAAGGAGGAGACCGGUGAUUCUACCUUCUCGGUCCAUGCCAAGUCCCUUCAGCAGUUCAUCGAGAAGGUGACCAUCUUCCGCCAUGCCACCAAGUUCAAUGAUAGCGAGAAGAACCUCACCGAGGGAUGGAAGCUGGCUGCUCUGUACGAUAAGUACCUCGAGUAUGCUGACAUUGCGGCUGCUCAUGGCCAGUUGUCGGUUGCCCAGAAGUAUCUCGAUCUUCUGCCCACCAGCUACCCUCCUGCAGAGACAGCCCGCAACCGUGUUAAGCUUGCUACUCAGAAGGCUGGUGCUCAGACUGCCGCUCGGCAAGCCACCCCCGCUGCUCGCACCACCACUACCACCACCUCCCGUACCGCCGCUCCGGUCGGGUAUCAGCAGCCCGGCUUGGUUCCUGCUCCGGUCAACCCCAGCCCUCUGAACCCCUACGCCCCGCAAGCACCGGCGCCGGUAAGCGCUGCGGCCGGCAACCCUUACGCUCCUCCUAUCGCUCCUGCUCCUGCUACCACUUCCCAGUACGGAGCCUCGUCGUCUACAUACGCGCCUCCCCAGCAGAACCAGGGCUAUGCCCCGUCAGGAUACACACCACCCACUCAAAGCUAUGCUCCUACUCCCGUCACUGGGUAUGGCGUUCCCGCUCAAAACUUUGGGCAGCCUAGCCCACUUGGUGGUCCGCCCAAGACCAACGCGCCUCCGGUUCAGCUCAAGAGAGACGGUGUCUGGAAUGACGUGCCUAUGGUGACAAAGGCUCCUCCUCGUAGGAACACGCCGAGCGUUGCCCCCAUCACUUCUCCUUUCCCUGGCCAACCCGGCAUUGCAUCUCCACCACCAACUGGCCCCUUCCAGCAGGGUGCGCCUACGCCGCCCCCGCCCCCGAAGGGUUCCGCGCCUCCGAGAAAUGUCGGCGCGCCACCAACCGGCCCUCCUAGACCUUCUUCGGUUUCAAGCAACGCUACUAACCCCUAUGCUCCCCCACCGCCUGCCGCCGGUCUGCAGCCCACAUAUGGAGCCCCGCCCGCUCCCCGGACGGCUUCUCCAUACAACCCUCCCCCCUCCGCCGCCGCGCCCCCAACCAACCGGUACGCCCCUGCUCCUGCCACGCAGCAGUACACCCAGGGACCGCCAUCCGGUCCUGGGAUAGCUCCUCCUCCGGCGUCUGGCGCCUACACCCCCGCCCCUCCAGCAGCGUCUCAGCAAUAUGCCGUCCCGCCACCUCCCCGGGCAGGCUUCUCUGCACCUCCCCCGGCGUCUAGGCCCCCCGGUGGCGGUCCUCCCCAGCAACAGGUCCCUCCUCCCGCUGCCGCCGCCCCUCCAGCUGCGCCUCCCAAGGCCAGAUACCCUCCUGGUGACCGUUCCAACAUUCCCGAGCAUGCCAAGGAGCUCGUCGACAUUUUGAGCAAGGACAUGCAGCGCGUGGCCUCCAAGGCCCCCGCCUCCUUCGCUCCCCAAGUCAAGGACGUCCAGAAGCGUCUCAACAUUCUCUUCGACCACCUGAACAACGAGGAGCUGAUCAAGACGGAGACCAUUGACCAGCUGGCUCAGUUGGCCGGCGCUUUGGCGGAGAAGAACUAUGAUAUUGCGUCCAAGAUCCAGGUGGAGAUUUCCAAGGAGAAGACGGAGGAGUGUGGUCAGUGGAUGGUCGGCGUCAAGCGUCUGAUUAGCAUGAGCAAGGUCACUCCUUAGAAGGAUUAUGGGUCCAAGCCCGACAAGUCGUCUAGUUCUAGUUCUACAGAUUUAGUUGAUCAGUAUAAAAUCAUUUUUCCAGAACGGCGGCGGCGGCGGAAGAAGAGGGCGAGUAAGUUGUAAAGAGUAGGUUAUGCUCAAGCGGUGUCAUGUGUCGUUAUCAUUAUCCGAAGUGGAAGCGAAAGAGGGAGACAGAAAGGUAGCCCAAAUUAGCGUUGUGAAAAAAAAGAAGAGCUUAGAUUGUUUCCUGA